AUGAUUAGAAAUUUAAUUUUAAAAUCUACAAAAUCUCAAAACCUUUCAAGAUUUUAUAAAACAAAAACUACAAAUUUUAAUAAUAUAACAUUAACAACUAAUAAUAAUAAAAAAUGUAUAUUUUUUAAAGGAGUUAAUAAUAAUAAUAAUAAUAAUAAUAAUAAUGGAAUUCAAUAUUCUACAAGUAGUAGUAACAGCACUAUCAAUAAAAAUCAAACUAAAAAAGUUGAAUCAUUAAAUAAAGAGACAAAGGAUUCUAAUGAUAAAUCAAUUUAUGGAUCAAUUGGCGAUAUUGAUUUUAGUAAAAAGGAGAGUGGACCAUCAAAGAAUGCAUUAAGCAGAGAGAAAUUAAGUAAAAGUUUAUUAUUAAUGAGAAAAUCAGGUACACUUUCAUCAGUUAAUAUGAUGGCAAAGAUGGAGAAUGAAAAUUCUACACCUGUUUAUGGAUCAUUAUCAGCCUAUGCGUUAUUUGAUAGCGAAGAGGAGGUGUCAGGUGACAUCACACAAGAGCAUUUGAAAACCAAAGUGACAGUAUACAAUCCAAUCAUAGCAUUACAUAAAUCAAGUGCCCACAUCAAGCAUUUCAAACACUUCAAUAAGGUAUCACUAGUGGUGUACCCAUUGACACCCAUCGGCAGACCACCAAGCGAGUAUGACCUACCACGUGUGAAUUUCAGUGGUCGUAUGAGACUGCUACCAUCACCUAACGCCAGUAAAGACACACAAGACAUUCUAACCUACACAAAAGCGAAAAGACUCUAUUUCGAGAGACACCCAAAUUCAGCAGUGGUGAUGGGCGAUCAGUGCGACAAGGAUUACGAUUUCUUCAUUAUGGAUAUCUCUGACGCCUACUAUUAUGAAAGAAAUCAAAAAUUAACUUCCAUUCCAAUCGAGGUUUUGAAAUGUUGUUCAGCAGAUCCUGUCACUAUUCAAAGUAGAGAAAUUAUUGAGACUGUAAACUCAAAGUACCAAGACUCGCUCUCUCUCAUCGUUGAGCAAUAUGGUGAUGUUAAAUUGGAUGAUUGUUUCAUGUAUUUCGUUGAUAGUUUCGGUUUAAAUUGUAUAGGUAAGAAAAAAGGUAUUGAUGAAUGGUUAGAUAUUCGUAUACCUUUUGAUUCAUCUUUUGAUAAUUUUGAAAAUUGUAAAUCUGGAUUAUAUGAAACUUUAAGAUUAGUUCGUAAUAAAAUUUUUUAA